AAUGGUGCGGUACAGGAAACAUAGCGAUGGACUACGAGGAUCUGGGCUCCGAGAUCGAAACCGACAAAUGCUGUAGAAGCCACGAUCACUGCAUCGACCAUAUAGCCGCCGGAGAGACCAAACACAAUCUCACCAACACGGCAUUUUAUUCAAGAUUACAUUGCGCGUGCGACGAGGAAUUCCGCCGGUGUCUUCGCUUGGCUGAAACAGAAACAUCUAGAAAAGUCAAAGAGAUUUACUUCAAGAUUCUCAAAACACAAUGCUACAAGAAAGAUUAUCCUAUAAUCGGCUGCAAAUACCAUCAAUGGCUCAGUGGGAGGUGCCUAGAGUACGAGCUGGAUACGAAUGGGGAGCAAUUCCAUCAAUGGUUCGACGUGAUAGAUGAAGAAUAAUGUUCCGAUACUGAAUCGAGUGAACCCAGAAACGAUCUCUUCGCAUGCUCAAUGGGAAUUUGACUAUGGCUAUGUUUGAAAAAGAUUUUUACUGGUGGUAGGUCCUCUUGAGAGUCCGCGCGGGUACGUACCACCACCCUGCCUAUUUCUACCGUGAAGCAGUAAUGCGUUUCGGUUUGAAGGGUGGGGCAGCCGUUGUAACAAUACUUGAGACCUUA